UGUUGCGUGCUUCGCCGGCGCCGGCCUCUCGCUCCUCGCAGCCACACGGGUUCGCAGCCCAGUCGCCGGCCUGCUCUGCUCCACGAGCUUCCUCAGCCCGCCGCCGCAUGCUCCUACAUAACCUCGUCCGUCGUGCCUCGCCCGGCUCCGCAUUCCUCCCUCUCGCCUCGCGCACCCUGCACUCCUCGCCCCGCGCCAGCAUGCCCAGCGACAAGAUCUCCGACUAUGCCUCGGGCCAGGCCGCGCCCGUGUGGCCGCAAGACAAGCCGCUGGCCCUCACGCUGGGCCACUUUGUGCCUGCGCGCGAGGGCCACCCUCCCGCCGGUGCUGUGCCUGCCGACAUCGUGCCUGAGGGCGCCUCGCGGCCCAAGCUCUUCGAUCCGCGAGUGCAGCUCAGCGCCAGCAACAGCGGCUUGGCGCUGAAGAACCGCGUCAUCGUGUCGCCCAUGUGCCAGUACUCGGCCAAGGACGGCUUUCCCUCGGUGUGGCACCUCAGCCAUCUCGGCUCGUGGGCGCUGCACGGCGUCGGCUCCAUCAUGGUCGAGGCCAGCGGCGUCACGGCUGCGGGGCGCAUCACGCCGCAGUGUCUCGGCAUCUGGAAGGACGAGCACAUCGACGCGCACGCCUCGCUCGUCUCGGCGCUGCGCACCGUGGCGCCCGGCCUGACCGUCGGCAUCCAACUGGCGCACGCCGGUCGCAAGGCCAGCACGUGGUCGCCGUACCACCGCGGCGAGAAGAAGCACAAGGACUACGUCACCGAUGCAGAGGGCGGAUGGGAGGGAGAGGUGGUGGCGCCGAGCGCGGUGGCGUACGGAGAGGGCUGGAUCACGCCGCGCGAGCUGUCGACAAAGGAGAUGGAGGAGCUGCAGGAGCACUUCAUCAGGGGCGCCGACCGCGCCUUCCAGGCUGGCUACGACUUCGUCGAGCUGCACGCAGCGCACGGCUACUUCCUGCACAGCUGUCUCUCUCCCCUCUCCAACAAGCGUACCGACGCCUACGGCGGCUCUUUUGAGGGGCGCACCAAGCUGCUGCUCGACACGGUGCGUGCCAUCCGCAGCAAGUACCCCAACAAGUCGCUCUGGGUGCGCGUCAGCGGCACCGACUUUGCCGAGCACGUCGAGGCCGACGGCCAGGCCACGUGGAAUGGCGACGAGACGAAGAAGCUUGCGCCGCUGCUGGAUGCAGAGGGAGUGGACGUGCUCGAUGUCAGCGCCGGUGGCCUCGUGCCCUUCCAGAAGAUCUCGCCCAAGCCGGCGUACCAGCUCGAGUUUGCGGCAGGCGUCAAGCAGACCAAGCCUAAGAAGAUGCUCGUCGGCGCCGUCGGCAUGAUGGAGGGCGACGAAUACCCGGGCCAGGUGGCCGAAGACGCACUGCAGCGCGGCGACUGCGACCUCAUCCUGCUCGCGCGCGGCAUGAUGGCCGACCCGGCGUGGACGGAGCACGCAGCUACGGAGCUCAUGGGCGUGCGCUGUGCCGGCUCGCCGCAGUACCACCGCACGCACCCGGCCAAGCGUCCGCCGCCGCGCGCGCAGAACCACAACUAGACAUCUUCCCCG